GGCUUCAGUGUCUGACUGCAGCCUCCCCCCAGUGUCGGCAACAAAACUGCACCCACCCGGGAACCUCUGUAUGAAUUCCCUGUCUGCCUUCUUGCCACCGGCGUUUCAACUACUUCAUGAGUUCCCAAGAAUGGAUGCACCAGGGUUUGCCGAGGCCAUUUCCCAGCACCAGCCUGGUGAAGAGUGGAGCCGAAGCCCCUGCCAGCCCAGCCAGGACCACCCCUGCUGAGACCUCCAGGGCGUCGGCGGGACAUGCUGCGCCAGCGCCCCCUGCUGCUGCCCCUGGUGGGCCUGCUUGCCCUCCGGUCCGUCCUGUCCCAGGAGUGCACCAAGUACAAGGUCAGCACCUGCCGGGACUGCAUCGAGUCAGGGCCCGGCUGCGCCUGGUGCCAGAAGCUGAACUUCACGGGGCAGGGGGAGCCUGACUCCACUCGCUGUGACACGCGGGAGCAGCUGCUGUCAAAGGGCUGCCCGACGGAUGACAUCAUGGACCCCAGGAGUCACGCCACGACCCAGGAGGACCAGGUGGGGGGCCAGAAGCAGCUGUCCCCGCAGAAAGUGACGCUCUACCUGAGACCAGGUCAGGCGGCUGCGUUCAACGUGACCUUCCAGCGGGCCAAGGGCUACCCCAUCGACCUGUACUACCUGAUGGACCUCUCCUACUCCAUGCUCGACGACCUCAUCAACGUCAAGAAGCUGGGGGGCGACCUGCUCCGGGCCCUCAACGAGAUCACCGAGUCCGGCCGCAUCGGCUUCGGCUCCUUCGUGGACAAGACGGUGCUCCCCUUCGUCAACACGCACCCCGAGAAGCUGCGGAACCCGUGCCCCAACAAGGAGAAGGAGUGCCAGGCCCCGUUCGCCUUUAGGCACGUGCUCAAACUCACCGACAACUCCAACCAGUUCCAGACAGAGGUUGGGAAGCAGCUGAUCUCGGGAAACCUGGACGCCCCUGAGGGCGGGCUGGACGCCAUGAUGCAGGUCGCCGCGUGCCCGGAGGAAAUCGGCUGGCGCAACGUCACCAGGCUGCUGGUGUUUGCCACGGAUGAUGGCUUCCACUUUGCGGGAGACGGGAAGUUGGGCGCCAUCCUGACUCCCAACGAUGGCCGCUGCCACCUGGAGGACAACAUGUACAAAAGCAGCAACGAAUUCGAUUACCCGUCGGUGGGCCAGCUGGCGCACAAACUGGCAGAAAGCAACAUCCAGCCCAUCUUUGCUGUCACCAAGAGAAUGGUGAAAACGUACGAGAAGCUCACGGAGAUCAUCCCCAAGUCUGCAGUCGGGGAGCUGUCAGACGAUUCCAGCAACGUAGUCCAGCUUAUUAAGAAAGCCUACAACAAACUGUCCUCCAGAGUCUUUCUGGAUCACAACACCCUCCCUGACACCCUGAAAGUCACCUACGACUCCUUCUGCAGUAAGGGGGUAUUGAAGGUGGACCAGCCCAGAGGGGACUGCGACGGCGUCCAGAUCAACGUGCCGAUCACCUUCCAGGUGAAGGUCACAGCUACAGAGUGCAUCCAGGAGCAGUCAUUCGUCAUCCGGGCGCUGGGCUUCACGGACACGGUGACUGUGCGGGUCCUCCCCCAGUGCAAGUGCCGGUGCCGGGACGCGAGCCGGGACCACAGCCUCUGCGGCGGCAGGGGCUCCAUGGAGUGCGGAGUCUGCAGGUGCGACGCCGGCUACAUGGGGAAGAACUGCGAGUGCCAGACGCAGGGCCGGAGCAGCCAGGAGCUGGAGGGAAGCUGCCGGAAGGACAACAGCUCCAUCAUCUGCUCGGGGCUGGGGGACUGCAUCUGCGGGCAGUGCGUGUGCCACACGAGCGAUGUGCCCAACAAGAAGAUCUACGGCCAGUUCUGCGAGUGUGACAACGUCAACUGCGAGCGCUACGACGGCCAAGUCUGCGGGGGCGAGAAGCGAGGGCUCUGCUUCUGCGGCACCUGCAGGUGCCAGAACGGCCACGAGGGCUCGGCGUGCCAGUGCCUCAAGUCUACGAAGGGCUGCCUCAACCUGGAUGGCGUCGAGUGCAGCGGCCGCGGCCGGUGCCGCUGCAACGUGUGCCAGUGCGACCCCGGCUACCAGCCACCCCUGUGCCUCGAGUGCCCGGGCUGCCCCGCGCCCUGCGCCCGCUACGCCAACUGCGCUGAGUGUCUGAAGUUCGACCAGGGCCCCUUCGCCAAGAACUGCAGCGCGGCGUGCGGGGAGACGAAGCUGCUGCCCAAGCCACUGCCCGGCCGCACGUGCAAGGAGCGCGACUCCGAGGGCUGCUGGAUGACCUACACCCUGUUGCAGCGCGAGGGGCGGGACAGAUACGACGUGCACGUGAACGACACGCGCGAGUGCAUGAAGGGCCCCAACGUCGCCGCCAUCGUGGGGAGCACCGUGGCAGGAGUCGUGCUCGUCGGCAUCCUCCUGCUGGGCAUCUGGAAGGUCCUGACCCAUGUAAGUGACCUCAGGGAGUACAAGCGCUUCGAGAAGGAGAAGCUCAAGUCCCAGUGGAAUAACGAUAACCCCCUUUUCAAGAGCGCCACCACGACAGUCAUGAACCCUAAGUUUGCUGAGAGUUAGGGCCGCUUGGUGAAGACAGGGCCUCUUGCACCACCCAGGUGGGAGCAGCCCACGCCACGUCCCCUCCAGCAGGCCGACCGUGACCCCGUCGCCCAGUGGACUUGGCUGACGACACUUGGCAACUUCACCACUAACUGAAAAUCCACCGUUUUUCCUGCCCUUAGCAUGACAGAUGCGGCCAGGUAAUUCUAGGAACUCAUCAGAAGGGCCAGCCUCCCCCUUCUGGUAUGAGUGACUCUUGAUAGCAACUUGAAGAAGGAAUUGCUCGUAUCCUGUAAGGUUAGACAUGUGUUGUCCUUUGUAAAAAUUAGCACAGCAGUCUGAUGAAAGGUGGUACAGAUUUAUUUAUAUGUGAACUUCUCAGCGUGUAAAAUUACAUUCCAUUGAUCAUGCUGCCCUCAAUCACGUGUACAGAAAAAAUUAAUAACCCUUCCGCAGGGGCUUCCCUGGGAGCCGGGCUCUGUGCCCCACCUCCACUGCCCUUCACACACUCCGAGGGUCCGUGUAGACUUUGGGCCGCGGCUCAGGGUUCUCUUUUUUCUCCUUCCUCACCUGUUGGCCGUGCAAGCCCCUCUCUGUCCCUGCCCGGCCCCACCUCCUAGGCAGCUUUCAGAAGACAGGGGGCAGCCCCAGCAAAGGGGGUCCCCCUGCAGAGCUUGAAUGGGGCCGAGGCAAGAUGGGAAAGCGGGCGUCUGUCACGCUCUUGGCUGUCUACACCCGCUCUUGGGUAAUGAGUGGAAGAGAGUUUAAAUAAGUGUGUUUCUCACGGGCUGUUUCCUGGGGUGACCUGGAGGUCAAGGUGAUCCGGUGUGAUGGUAGUAGGUGGCAGGUCUCAGCGUGAUCACCUAGCCGUGUGCGUGUCCGCCAAUCUCUGCAGGCUCCAUGUGGGUCAGGGUCCGGGUGUGGCCCGUGAGGGCCCGUCAGGGUGGGGCGGUCCUGGGUCCCCAAGGAAAGGGCUCUAUUCCGGUAUGUUAACAUCCUCUGCAGCCCUGCCAAUGCUGGCUCUUUCCUCAUGUUACACAGACCUGAGAGAAGCAGAUGGAUGUGAGUACAGGGUGAAUAUUUGUGAAUAUUUAUUCACGUGCAUAGACAUAGUUUCAGGUGAUACUUGCCCUUAUUUUUUUCCGUAAAAUGUAUAAUUUUUUAUUAAAACCCCAGCAUAACUCUUUAUUAAAAGAACAUCAGUUCAGGGACUUCCCUGGCGGUUCAGUGGUC